AUGGAAGCCGAUCUAUUAGUUGCUUGUUUUGAACUCGACGAGCUUCACUCUAAGAUCACUUCUGCCCUCUCGCCAUCCGUCGCCGAAAACUCGAAAGCCAGUCGUCGCAUGGCUAUGCGACUUCUGGUCGGAGACAUGGACUCGAACAACGGAACCCCCGCCCCUUUCCCUACGGCAGGAAUGGGGGAGAUGAAACGGGGCAAGCCUCCCGUGAACAACGGCCGCGUUUCACCUAGAACCCCAGGGCAGGCGCCUCCUCAAAAGAAGCCUAUCGGCGCGCCAAGGAAGAAGGUGGUAAAGAAAGCGCUACCUAAAGCCCCUGCGGGAGACCCGAUGGAGGAGUUUUUCGCUAUUAUGGAGCAGUUUGUCGACGAGCCCGAGGAGAUGGAAUGCGUGAGGCUGGCGGAGGUUUCCCGCGCGAACAGGCCCGGCCGCAUGCAGAAACCUCAGAUGGGGGGUAUUAGCUCGGACGGCUUUCCGGCCGAUCUCGGCUGGUCCAAGAUGGAGAAGCAGAUUCACAGCGGCCCGAUGUCUCUCGCUCCGGCCAGCCCGAAAGUGGUGCAGAAGACGCAAUUACCGAGGGCGGCGAGCCGCGAUUCCGAGAAGAGCCGUGUUCAUCCGGCGCACGCGAGGACGCACUCGGUAGGUGGCGUGGGCGGCUUGAAGGAUCUAAACUCGCUUUGGAAUCCUGCCGCGUCGCCAGCUGUAAAGGUUCAGCCGAUUCAGCGUGCCAGCUCUGUCAAAGAGGGGCACGAGAUGCAAUCAUUGGUUGACGCGCUGAAGGCGGAAAUCAAGGCGAAGGACAAGCUUCUCGAAGCUUCGGAGAAAGAGCAACAGAUGCUGCAGGAAGAGUUGAAGCACGCGUGGAACAGCACCGACGAGCUUCAGCGACAGUUGAACGACUCAGAGGCGCUCGUCUUGAAGUUGCAGCAUGAGAACGAAGUUCUGCGAUCCGCGAAGCGUGUGUUGACGACGUCGCCUACUGACCUGUCGCGGAGGCUAGCUGCCACGGAGUCGCGCAACGUGGAAUUGGCGGAAAAAAUGGCAGCAUGUGAGAAGGAGCUCGAGAUGACAAAGAUCGCACUUCAGCAGGCGGCGCAAGAAAGGGAUUCGCUCGCGGAGGAAAUGGCGGCGGCACUUGCAAGCUGGGCGGUUGACAGCCCCGCAACUCCUGCCAGCGGGAUUUCGUCUGGAACCUUCUCGCAUUCGACGUCCACGUCAUCAAACUCCAGUUCCCAAGACGAGGUUCAGCAACUCGCGAUGGCUCUCGACGGUGUGCAGAGGAAGCUUCGCGUGGCGCGGGGCGAGAGAGACGCGCUUAUGGCUGCGGUGCGUCCCAGCGGGCGGGUGAAUGUGAACAGCCCAGCUGGCCGCUCCCUACGAAAAUCCUCGGGGGAUCACAUGGGCAGGGGGGAUCGCGUGGGCAGGCGAAAGCACAUGGCUCACCUCCGCCUCGCUCACCUCCGCCUCUCUUAUCCUCCGCCUCUCUCACCCUCCGCCUCUCUCACCCUCCGCCUCUCUCACCCUCCGCCUCUCUCACCCUCCGCCUCUCUCAUCCUCCGCCUCUCUCACCCUCCACCUCUCUCACCCUCCGCCUCUCUCACCCUCCGCCUCUCUCACCCUCCGCCUCUCUCACCCUCCGCCUCUCUCACCCUCCGCCUCUCUCAUCCUCCGCCUCUCUCACCCUCCGCCUCUCUCACCCUCCGCCUCUCUCACCCUCCGCCUCUCUCACCCUCCGCCUCUCUCACCCUCCGCCUCUCUCACCCUCCGCCACUUCUCUGGCUCAGUGCCUUUCCCCGCUCUCUCCCCCGUUACAACCACUCUUCAUCUUCCCCCCCCUUCCGCCCUUCCUCUGUGUCCCCCUUGCUCAUUCUCUCCUUCCGUGCAUUCCUUGUUCCCUACCGCCGUUGCCCUUCCAUUGUCAUCGUUUUGUAUCCUUCCCCGCCGCUUCAACUUUGA